CUUCAACUCCAGAAACGCUUUUUGCAUUAAUCUUCUCGUCAUCAUCACUUGCCGAAAAAUUAAAAGACGCUCCAUCACAACUCGAACCGGUACAGAGAAUUCUCCUGAUUUAUCGGGUUUCCGUUACGGCGGAAAUCCGAAACCUCUGUCUAAAGAGAGAGAGAAACAGAGUUCUCAGAUUCCGUAUUUUCAAUCCAAACCAGCUUUGAUGCGCCUCUCUCUCUUUCUGCAUCUCUUAGAAUUGCAGUCUUUUACAGGUCAGUCGCGCGUUUGAAAAUCUUCGCGUUCAUUGCAAUUUUCAGCAUUUAUUUGCUGUACGAUAUUUAAUGCUGUAACCAGAAGAGCAGAGAGAGAGGGUUGGAAUGGAAUUGAUAUUUACAUCCACCCGGAAUUGAUUUGAAUGGGCAGGUUUCGCAAGUUGGGAAUUGAGAUAGUACAGAAGAAAAGAGCUCUCUCUCUCUCUCUCUUUCUGUAUUUGAUAUUAUGAGUGCGCAGGAUAAGGUAAAUGCGCACCCUUUUCAUCGGCUAUAACUGAAGUAAGGGUUCCGUGUCCUUCGUUGCAAUGAAGAAUGGGGCAGAGGAAAAGACAGAGAAGUGAUUUCUUAAAUGAUUCUAAGGUGAAUGACUGAAUUACUGAUAUUCGCUUUUGGGUUUAAUUACUGAGGAAUGUACUGGACAGCUUAAGGAUUCUCUCUCUUCCCUAACUUAGGCAAACGAUGAAGCUUGAUACUGGGCCCACAUAUUCCCAUUCUUUCCUUGCCCAUGAGCCUGCUUCAAAAACAGUCGAAUAUAAUGACAAUCCUGUGGGGGCUGGAGGGUGGAAGGUGGGUGAUGAGUUUGUAGGGGAAGGAAAACAUGAAAUUGCAAACAUUACACAAACUGAAAACUAUGAGAUAGACAUUAAUCGAUUACACUGUGAAAAGUGUGAUGAAGAUGGAAUGGGGUAUGUAUCAGGACCACAUAUUUAUACGGCCAUGGAAGAUUCAGUUGGUGGGGCUGCAAAUGACACUGGAAAUAUGAUUGCCGCAUAUACCAACCCAUUUGAAACCUCAUAUAGAAACCCGUUCGAAGAUGACACAUAUUUCUAUACUGACAAGUCUGUGACAGAUAUUGAACUGCCAGAGCUUGUAUCUCGUUUCAAAGAUAACAGUUAUUAUGUGGUCAAGGACAUUUGUGUUGACAUUGGUGUGCCGUCUCUGGACAAAAUUUUGGAAGAAAAUGGCGAGGUGGACCACAAGGGAGUUAUCGACUUCCCACAUUCUGAUUUGGAUGAGAUUCAUGAGAAUGGUGAUUUUACAAAAGUGGUGGGCCAUACUGUGACUGUUUUCGAUGGUUUGAAUCCGUUUUUUGAUGGACGGUCUACUUCUGACGAGGAUGAAGAGGUUGCUAACCAUAGAAGUGUCGAGAGAUUACUAGUGGAAGGUGGAGGCAUCGCUGAUGCAAAAGACGGGAUUGCAAAUGAUAUCCCAGAUGAGAAGGUUGCUAACCAUAGUAGUGUUGAGAGAUUACUAGUGGAAGGUGGAGGUAUCGCUGAUGCAAAUGACAGGAUUGCAAAUGAUAUCCCUGAUGAGAAGGUUGUGCCUGAAAAACUGCUUCCAACGGGAACUGCAAAACCUGUUUUGGAUGGUUUGAAAUCUUUGGUUUCUGAUGGGCAGAAUCCUACAAUUUUAGUAGAGGAAGGUGGAGGUAAUGUUGAUUUGAUGGAUGGCAUUGUAAAUGAUAUCUCUGAUGAGAAGGUUAUGCCUGGAACAUCACGUGCGGUGGAUGACUCGGACACAGAAAAUUGCCAUGCUGAUUCACCUGGUUUUACCGGAAAUGAAGAACAAUCCAAUCAGGGUCAUGCUCAGAAUCCGAUGGACAGUGUGGAUGUAAGAUCACAGGGUGAAAGUGAAGAGGCACGCUUGGCAAGCUCAGUUGCGCCUUCUGCGACCGAAGUACCAAAUAACACCAAUAGUGCCAAAGAUUUUCCCUUUGAUAGGACAGUGGAGAGUGGAAGCAUUACUUUUAACUUUGACUCAUCAUCACCAGUGAUGAGUGGCAGAGUGGUGGGUCGUGACAGUUCAGUUUAUCAGCAGUCCGGUCGGAGUUCAAACGUGCCUGGGCUCGAUGAUGGGUUGCUGGACAGUCUGACAGGUUCAUCCCGAAGCUUCUUUAUUCAGCAUGGCCUUGGGGAGUCUAGUUCUGUCUCUGGCCCCAUAGCAUUCUCGGGCCCCGUAGCAUAUUCUGGCAGCAUCUCUCUCCGAUCAGAUAGCAGUACAGCAAGCGCUCAGUCCUUUGCAUUCCCUGUCAUACAUUCAGAAUGGAACAGCAGCCCGGUGAAAAUGGCAAAAGCAGACCGUCGGCAAAUCCGGAAGCACCGAGGUUGGAGGGUAGCCUUUUUCUGUUGUAGAUUCUGAUCGCUUUUGUCUCCCUCCACACGCUCAGUGAGUUCAAUCAGCAGGCUUCAAAAUAUUAUUAUAUUUAGGUGUGAUUUCUCAUAGAUCUUCUCAUGUUAUAUGCUUGCCCUUGUGUUGUUUUUGCAGCAGGUUUAAUGAGUUGUGGUAUUUCUUUUUUGGUUGUGGUGUUAAAAAUGUAGUUUGAAAUGUAAGCAAUUUAUUUCGUUUUAUUAUUAUUAUUAUUAUUUUCAUUUAUAUCUUGAAA